AUGUCCACGCAUUCCACGUUGCAACCCACGGUGCAACCCACGCCGCAUCUCACGGCGUCGCCUACGGUCCAUGUGCACUCCCCCGCGGUUGGCCGGGAAGAACAACACGUCAUCCUUGACCUCCACCACGUCAUCAUCCUCGUCCGGCAAAUGCUGGAACCGCUUCCGUCCUUUCCGUUUCCGCCUCCCGUCCACGUCAGCACCGCCAAAACCAUCCAAUCCUGCAAUGCCACGAAAGCCCGCCCCCGAUCCCCGCCUUCCACGCAAGUUCCGCAAGCCCUCUCCCCGCAUUCCGCCCGCAAACCCCGCCUCAUCCUCGUCCUCCUCCUCUUCCUCCUCCCCCAUCUUAUCCUCCUUGCCGUCACCGUCGUCACCGUCACCGUCACCACCACCACCACCACCGCCACCGCCGCCGCCAUCGUCUUUGUCCACGUCUCCCUCUCCUUCUCCGUCUCCUUCUCCGUCGCCGCCGUCACCGUCACCAUCACCGUCGCCGUCGCCGUCACCUUCCUCGUCGCCGUCGCCUUCGCCGUCGCCAUUGCCGUCGCCGUCACCGUUGCCUUCACCAUCAUCCUCAUCGCCACCGUCCAUGUCUCCGUCAAGGUCCGCGUCAUCCUCGCCAAGGCCAUCCUCGUCAAAAGCAGCUUCGAUAGGAUCCAGCAGGACGGAUGCCGUCUGCUCCUGAAACAUUUGCAUCAUGUCCUUCCGCGGAGGAUCCGCCGGAAACUGCGCCGACUGCGGAAGCUCCGCGGGUAG